CGUGUCGUGACGUGACGGGACGUGAACGUGACGUGUAUGUUGUAUGUGAAUCGCACUUAAAUCAGCCUUAAGGCUUCGUUAUAUUUACUAAUUAUUUCUCUUAGUGUAUAGUUUAUUCGAUUUGACUGGACGGAACUGUGUAUCUUUUUUCAUUUAUUGUAGAGAAAUAUCCGAAAUAUCGGUUGCAUAUUCAUGGAUCAACUGGCGAAACUCGAGAGAAAGAAAGCAAAUCGUAUAAAGAAGCAUAAAAAGCGUAUCGCAACAUUCAAUUUGAGUCUGCCAUGUUAUGCAGCUGAAAUACGGAAAUUGGAUCCCAUAGCACUGGAUAACAACAUGCUGGCAUAUCUCGAGACGCUCAUAAACAUGUUAACAAAAAUGGUCCAGAAAGAAAAGAUCCAAUAUCCAUGGAACGAUGAAAUUGAUUUUCAUGACAGAAAUGUUAGUUUUGCAAUUGGUUGCAACUAUUGCAAAAAACCGGACACCAGUGCUUUCGGAUUUAUGGUGCACAUCAUGGAUACGAAUCAACAUAACUCCGUUGACAAGCGCAUGAAAAAAUUGCGAACAGUGAGAGAUACUUUGAUGACCAACUACGCAACUUUUCUGAAUGAAGAGAGAGAAAUUCUGCAAAGAAAUGGAUUUGAUCGUCCGGUUCUUGAGAAUAUGUUAAAUUUUUAUUUCAUAACGCAAUUAUUCGUUCAGGUGACUGCCAGAUACAAAAAGUCAUUGAAUUAUUUGGGAUGCUCGCCAUCUACAAUAGUAGCACGUGGAGCUCUUGAUUUGUUGAAGGAACUUGGCGAUCUGAUUUCGCGUGCGAAAUGUGUUGAAUCGAAACCAAACAUUGACAAGAUCUUAAUGAACAGGGGGCAUAAAUUAUUUUACCAGAUCGAGGACAUGACAUUUUCCUCUGCGGGUGGUGCUUUGACAUAUGCCGAAACUAAUUUCGAAAAGUGUCAUCGUGGAAAUAGUCCACCAUUGUCGUAGAGAUUGAAAUAGUCAUUUCUAACCAGUUCCAGGUAAUCGAAACGAAACAUUGGUCAAUCCCAUAGUGCGUUCCAAAUACCACUGGAUCAUUACAAAAUAUUUUUCAUUAGGAAUGAAAGAGGAAGAGUGUUGAAAGAAAGUCUGGUACUUACGUAUUCACACCACCGCAGCGCAAUUUCUAUCAUGAAUUGUUUUUUUUUCCCCAAUGAAAUAUAUUCUGCUAGCUGAGCCGGCAAACUUC